ACGAAAUUUUUGUUCGUUAUCCGAAAUUUUGUUCGCUAUCCGAGACAAAUUUUUAGCGAAAUUUUUGUUCGUUAACCGAAAAAUUCGCUAUCCGAGGCGUUCGCUAACCGAGGUUCCACUGUACCAUCAUGACGUCAUCGUGUAUGAAUCUCAAUGAAGCGUGUAAAUCUUACAUCAUGGUGCUUCGUUGGAUAAUGUCUGGUAUAUACCUAUCUGAGAUCAAUACGUUGGUUUAUGCUGAUUCACCAAAUGACCCUAGUUUAGAAAAACGUUUAUAAACAAAUUUGUUGUUUUAAAAAUAUUACAAUUCUGGUAAUAUACCCUGCAGUUUUCCAUAUUAGCUGCCAUUGUCCGUUAGUUGUGUGAGCCUGUGUAGUCCAUGAUGCGGUUUGAUUAUUGUCUUCAUACAUGCGAGCGUACUGGUGGUUUUUUGGUGCUGGGUAUUUGGCGAAUAGCUGUAAGAAUGUAGUGGCGAAAAAGGAAUCGCACGAUUCUUUAAAUAAUAAUAAUAAAAACCUUUUAUUUAGACUUUGUGGGGUUUUUUUAAUUCUUUCCAUGGUGCCUGUCUUUAGUAUAAUGUUUUCUUAUUAAUCUCUCUCUUUCUUUUUCUCUAUCAUUCACCAUUCAUGAUCCAUAAAUGUAUGCAAUAUGCAUUAGCAUGUGUGUUCUCGCAAUCGUUUUAUGCUUCGCGGAGGAAUGUGGUGCUAAAACAAAAAAAAAGGUCAGAAUUAUUAACGUUCUUAUAUGGACUGAUCCAUUGAUGGUGAGAGUCCAUAAAUGAUGUUGAUACCUCUGCCUCUCUUUUAGGAACAACAUUGUCCCCGACUUAUGCAGUUUUGUAUGCCAUCGUAAGGAAAAAUUUUGAAUUUAAAAAAAUGUAGGAUUGGUGAUGAAAGCCGAAGAAGAUGUAAUAUCACACACGUCUACACCGGUAUCGUCAGCAAGGGAACAGAACUCUGUUUUCCCAGUCUGCCCGGCAACUAAAGAUGGCGACGUAAACAAUGCGCUGGUGCUGAUUUCCGUGCUACAAACCGAAGAUUCGCGUACUUUUCUGAAUGAAGAAAUUUCAGUUUCUUACUCAUAAACAGAAAAACCAUGACAAAGAAUCAUUUUGCAACUCUAGGGGUGAAUAUUGGCGCUGAGGAAGAUGAAAUCAAGAAAGCUUUCCGUUCAUUAGCCAAGGUAUGGCAUCCUGACAAAAAUAAGAAUCCAGGUGCUGAAGAGAAAUUCAAGGAAAUUUCUGCUGCUUAUGACUAUCUACAAAACAAAGACCGCCGAGAGAUACUGACGAGAGAACUGACUAAGAAACAAGAGCCUUCAUCAGGGUCAUACACACAACCAACACCAACUUCUAACAGGGAAAACAAAGGAACAGAAACAAAGCCUUCGCAAGAGCCUGAUACUGCAAACAAAGCUGGUCCCAGUUGCUUCAAAGAGAACCAUAAAGAAGGUGCUAGCAAAAAGAAAACCCAUUGGUCAGAUUCAUUUCGGACAGGCAAAAGCAAGAAGAAUGCACGGGACACAGACUGGAAACCAUGGAACAGAGACUGGACAGAUGGCUUUGAUGCUUCUACCCUCCUUUCUGCAAAGUUUUCUGCUGCUUUCUAUGAUUUCCAGACUUUUGUCGACCAUCUUGGAGAGGAAUUUGGACCUCCUGCAAGCAGAGGAUUCCAGUUUACAGCUUUCUGCAGUGAGGAGGACCCUUUUGAGCAAGGUUUGGGCCAGAGACCACGUCCUCAGACCUUCCAGAAACCAAAGCAACCAAAAGCAAAAUCCCCAACCAGAUGUGUUGCUCCAGAACAUGGUUAUGCAGGAGGUUUAGAUGAACAGUAUCUAUUUUCUCCACGCACAUCUCCAAAUAGAGCAGAUAAUUUAAAAGGUUACGAAGAAGACCCCAUUGAUGACGAUGCACUUAAUGAUGACAACUCUAAGCACAAGGUGUUCAAGGACUGGCAAUCUUCACAUGAAGACAUCCUCAACAGAAUCAGACAGGACAGAAAAGCUUAUCAAGCAAAGUUAGCACAAGAAGCUUCAGAAGAAUAUCCAUGCGAAUGGUGUGGACGUACUUUUGUACUGAAGACUCUUGACAGACAUGCUCCCUUCUGCAAAGAGCAUGUCCACCGAUAUGGGAAACCCAUGAACCCACGUUUUUAUGGUGCUAAUCAAGACAGAGGAUACUUCACAAAUGAAAAGAGGCAUGUAUUAAUGCUUUGAUAUCAGGGAAGUAUGUGUAUAUAAGAGGCAUUAUAUACCAAUCUCAUCUUUCAAAGUAGCUCAAACAGAUGGUUGUUUGAAUGAGACAAAUUGAAUAAAAUCUAUAAUACACAUUUCUUCCUGGCUAAAUUCUCUACUUUGAAGAAAGAAAUUGAUAACACCAGAAAGUCAUUUUUCUCAUCAAGAAUGCAUGCAUAAAACCAUUAUACAAAAGGGAGAAAGAUAAUGUAUUCAUUAUUUGUGUGGCAAUUUUAGUUGAGUAGAAGAUGUUUGUGUGUGUUUGCAUAUGUGUAUGUGUGUGCAUGUACAGUAAGUGACUGUUUGUGUUAGUGUAAGAUUUCUCGUACAGCUAGAGAACCUUAUUUUAUUUUUAUUUUUAAUAAAUUGAUGUGUAGACUCAGGGAAAGACAACAAAAGCCUAACAGUAACAAGACCUUCCAAGAAGUCAACAGCACAUCCAAAUGGUUCAGACACAACAAGUAAUCAUUCUUCACCCUCCCCACCUAAAGAUCUGCAUGCAAGAAACAACUUCAAACAAAACUCACGAACAGCCAAAACCAGCUCUUUAAAAGACAAGCUGAAAACACCUUCACCUCCAGAACCCCAUUCUUGAAAAGCAGGUUCCAGAGGAAAGGCUCACCACUAUAGAAACAUAACCCAAGAGUUGUCAUUCUGCUCACAUUGAUCCUGUCCCUGGGAGUGAGCUGCAUCUAGUAAAUCUUUGGAUAAUGAAACAACUCAAUAGUAUUUUUAAAAUUUAAUGUUGAUGAUUACAUUCUACAAAGUAUACUACUUUGCAAACUUCAGAACUGCCAGAUCAAAAUGUAGAAGACUUUGCUUUCACAACAUACCAACAAGUAAAGAGCAAGAUUAGAGAAAAGAUGUCUGCAAACAAGACUAACACACCUCGGCAGGAAUGAUGUUUCUUCUGAACUGCACAAUCACGACUUUUAAAGAACAGGUUUGAAGCCAGUUGAUGGAGGUGCAGAUAUUGGCUGUGUGUACCAACUAGCAGCUAAGAUUGUAUCAUGGCAAAGCAGCCAGUCCUGUCCGCAGUUGCAGAGAGGAAAAAGAGCAUGCCUGAGAGAGGGUUGGAAAUCAAGAACUCGAUCAUUUCUUCAUCAGAUGCUAAAUUCAUUUCAGUACUAGAGAAAUGCUAAAUGGCAGCACCAAUGAACCACCUCCACCAAUGGUGCCAGUGUGAGUAGAACACAUGCUGGAAGCAGAAAGGUUUUAGUGCUUGUCCUUCUUGCAAGCAGAGGCUCAGUGAAAACUUUAUUUUCCUGCAGCUAUAGUACAGGUUUAAAUCUUAAACAUUGUAGUCAUGAUGCAGGAUGUUUGAGUGAAUCUUGUGUUGUGAAUUGUCAGGUGUGUGACUGAGGGAAAUAUUUGAUCGUUUAUUAAUAUGCGAGAGGUAGCAAAGAGUGUAUGUAAUUAAAGCGGUUUUUUGUUUUCAAUGUCAGAGAUAAAUGCUGAUAGAGUUUUCAAAAAAAAAAAAAAAACAUUAUCAUCGGUAUUAUAAUGUCACCCUACUAUCACACCAUUUAUCAGCAGCAACAUUUAAACUCCUUUCUGUUUUUAUCUGUUUAUUGCAGCAUUGAGAACUUUUCUUUUCACCAAUUGACAAUAUUUAUUUUAGAAACUAUUUAGGUGUGUACAAUUGUGAGAGAAUUCAGUGAUAAUCUUCAGCAUCAGUUAUAAAUUGCAAACUUUUAUGUGGAACAAAGGGGAAAGUUCUAUCACAUGUUGACUGUUGCUCCUUGACCAUGACCUGCUUUUUAUUCCUAAGAUUCGUGCAGAUAAGGAUUUUGUAUUCUUACUUUUAUGAUUACAGAGACAUUCUGUGUUUCAUAUGUGGUUUCUUUAUUCUAUGUUGUCUCAGUGACUAAUUUUAAAAUGUCACUUUAUUUAAAUGCUCAAAAGGUAUACAAAAAUAGGCAAGGUUCUGUUCUUUCAAGGAGUCAGUCUUUUUUCACAUUUCAUUACAAGUAUGGACAUUAGUAGACAAAUGUAGCAUAACUGACUGAAAUGAAAUAGAGCUGAAAAUGGCAUCACCAUUUUGUGCUUUGAAGGUUUGUGCAAUAACAUUUAUAUUUUAUGAAAGGUUAGUACAGUUUAUGGUUAAGGCUUGUGAAAUGUUACAGGGUCUUAAUAAAAGAGUCUUAAUAUCAACCUGUUAAACAUAAGAGGUUAAUUGUGAUUUGAGCGUAUGUGAGGAAAAACAAGAAGUAGGCAAGAGACACAAAUAUUUCUGCAUCACUAAAGGAGAUUUGUCAUUCUGGUGUGCUUAAAAAAGAAAAAAGUUCAGUGUCUGUAAUUGCUCAGACUGCAUGUAUAGCAGUCUCUCUCUCUCCCGUGUGUUCUGUUUCAAUUUUUUUUCUUCAUUAUUUUAAAAAUUAGGAAAAGCAGAAGCACAACACAACCAAAGCAGCUAAUCAUUUUCUUCCUCAGCUGUUUCUAUCCUGAGUGGC